GUGUUUUUUGUCUUUCUGAUGUUGAUGACCAAGCGUGGUUUCACUCUUGUAUAGAUAUGUAGAAAGCAUGGCCCUGCCCGCAACCUCCACCGAUAGCACGCGGCCGCACCGCGGCGGUCCGCACUCCACCUCCAUCGCUCCGACCCAAGCCUGUAUCGCACUUCGCACCCAACAGGUGCUCCAUGCCCGUGCACAGAAGCGACUGGCGAACGAAAAACCGAAGGUGGACAACACGAAGGCGAAGAUGUACAUUCCCCUGAAGCGGCACAACUUCAACCUACACAAAAAGCAAGUUCUUUCCGCCCGGGCGAAAACGCUCCUGGAGGAUAAAGCGCAUGAAAACCUGUACUCUCUGCGGGGAAGCACGCCCCGAACAAGACUGGCGCAUAACGUGGAAAAACAGAAGACCGCUGAGCAUUUUUGGAAGCUCCUCAACGGAGAAGACGAGGAGGAAGAGGAUAGUGCUAACACCGGAGAACAUCAUGAUGAAAUUGCGGGAAUAUCAAAGGAGCCUCUGCUGCACGAAGAGAAAUUACCACCAAACAGCGGAGCAGGCGACACAGUAACAACGACCCCGAGAACCCCACCCUCCUCUUCCACCACUGCAACCCCGAGAAAAGUAGAGCAAUUAUUUUCGCAUUUUGACGUCGACGAGAGCAGUCGCAAGACCAUGCUGCAGGUGCGUGAAAAAGUGCAGCAGAU